GGAGCCAAGGGAGUUUGUGGAGAAUUCCGAGUGUAUACAGUGCCAUCCGGAAUGUCUGCCCCAGGCCAUGAACAUCACCUGCACGGGACAGGGCCCAGACAACUGCGUCAAGUGUGCCCACUACAUUGAUGGCCCACGCUGCGUCAAGACCUGCCCAGCUGGAGUCAUGGGGGAAAACAACACCCUGGUCUGGAAGUAUCCAGACGCCAGCCAAGUGUGCCACCUGUGCCAUCCGAACUGCACCUAUGGAUGUGUUGGGCCAGGUGUGGACGGCUGUGCAGGCAGGCCUAAGAUCCCAUCCAUCGCCAUUGGGAUUGUGGGUGGCCUCCUCCUGCUGCUGCUGGUGGCCCUGGGCGUCGGCCUCUUCAUGCGCAGGCGCCACAUCGUCCGGAAGCGCACGCUGCGCAGACUCCUGCAGGAGAGAGAGCUCGUGGAGCCACUCACCCCCAGCGGGGAAGCUCCCAACCAAGCUCUCCUGAGGAUCUUAAAGGAAACUGAGUUCAAAAAGAUCAAAGUGCUGGGCUCUGGGGCGUUCGGCACCGUGUAUAAGGGACUCUGGAUCCCAGAAGGUGAGAAAGUUAAAAUUCCUGUGGCCAUCAAGGAAUUAAGAGAAGCAACGUCUCCGAAAGCCAACAAGGAGAUUCUUGAUGAAGCCUACGUGAUGGCCAGCGUGGACAAUCCCCAUGUGUGCCGCCUCCUGGGCAUCUGCCUGACCUCCACAGUCCAGCUUAUCACGCAGCUCAUGCCCUUUGGCUGCCUCCUAGACUAUGUCCGUGAGCACAAGGACAACAUCGGCUCCCAGUACCUACUCAACUGGUGUGUGCAGAUUGCCAAGGGCAUGAACUACCUGGAAGACCGGCGCCUGGUGCACCGUGACCUGGCAGCCAGGAAUGUGCUGGUGAAGACGCCACAGCAUGUCAAGAUCACAGAUUUUGGGCUGGCCAAGCUGCUUGGAGCUGAAGAGAAAGAAUACCAUGCGGAAGGAGGCAAGGUGCCUAUCAAGUGGAUGGCUUUGGAAUCAAUUUUACACCGAAUUUACACUCACCAAAGCGAUGUCUGGAGCUACGGAGUCACUGUCUGGGAGCUGAUGACCUUCGGGUCCAAGCCUUAUGAUGGAAUUCCUGCCAGCGAGAUCUCGUCUGUCCUGGAAAAGGGAGAGCGCCUUCCACAGCCGCCCAUAUGCACCAUCGACGUCUACAUGAUCAUGGUCAAGUGCUGGAUGAUCGAUGCAGAUAGUCGCCCCAAGUUCCGUGAGCUGAUCAUCGAGUUCUCCAAAAUGGCCCGAGACCCCCAGCGCUACCUUGUCAUCCAGGGGGAUGAAAGAAUGCAUUUGCCGAGCCCGACCGAUUCCAAUUUUUACCGAGCCCUGAUGGACGAAGAGGACAUGGAAGACGUGGUGGACGCUGACGAGUACCUCAUCCCCCAGCAGGGCUUCUUCAGCAGCCCCUCCACAUCGCGGACCCCCCUCCUCAGCUCUCUGAGCGCGACCAGUAACAAUUCCACGGUGGCAUGCAUUGAUAGAAAUGGGACUGGCGCCCUGAGUGAGGACAGCAUAGACGACUCUUUCCUCCCGGUGCCCGAAUACAUAAACCAGUCUGUUCCCAAAAGGCCGGCAGGCUCUGUGCAGAAUCCCGUCUAUCACAAUCAGCCUCUGAAUCCCGCUCCUGGCCGUGACCCCCACUAUCAGAAUCCCCACAGCCACGCAGUGGACAACCCUGAGUAUCUCAACACCACCCCAUCUACCUGCGUCAACAGGGCAUUUGACAGCCCUGCCCGCUGGGCCCAGAAAGGCAACCACCAAAUUAGCCUAGACAACCCUGACUACCAACAGGACUUCCUUCCCAAGGAAGCCAAGCCAAAUGGCAUCUUUAAGGGUCCUACAGCUGAGAAUGCAGAAUACUUAAGGGUAGCACCACCAAGCAGUGAAUUUAUCGGAGCCUGAUUGUGGAGGAGAAUAUCAGCCAUAAAAUUUACAGACUCCUCAGCCUCCCAGGACCAAGUCAUGGCACCACCCCAGGCCUGAUCACCACGCCCAUGUUAACUCUAGGACCCGGGACCAGUUUUGCCACGUUUGCUCCAACUGGCCCCUCUUUCAAGCAGCAAGUGUCCCCACUUGAAUGCGCUUUGGGAAGUUGCAGGUCCGUUCCUUUGCCCUCAGACUGUGAAGUUUCCACAAAAAGGCACCCAGCAAGAAUGCUGUCCAUUUGAGCAGAAGUCUGCCUUUUGGUGAGGUGCAUUUGAAAAAAAAAAAUAAGGUACAAGGCAGUUUAUUGUUUGGGGAUCUUUGUGGGUUUUGUCACUAUUGAUUUUAAUGGGCUCUUCUGAUGAGGAAGAAGCUUGCUCAUAGCACCUGCGACACUGAGUUGAUCCAGGCCCUGCUGUGACCAAGGAGCACGGCCACAAGUCUUCCAGCUAACUCUUCAUUCCACUGGCUCUGCUUCGAGACGCUUCCAUUGCAAGACAAGAAGUUUGUGUCCUUAGCAGGCCUGACUGGGACUGUAUCACAUUAUGGCAGGUACGAUAGGAUAAGCCACUUUGUCCCUUCCUGGGCAGAGAAGAAAUGGAAGGGGUAGAAUUCUUCCUCCGACUUGCUUUUGUAUAAAUGAUACCUACUCCCCACUGGUUAACCAGGGUUUUCUGCAUAGGAGCAUUAGACUUGCUUGUUUAUUUUCCAUUCCAUUGUUCUGAAACUUAGUGCACUUUCCCUGUGGUUGUCAUGACGUUGGCCAGAGAAGAUGGUACAUCAGACAGUAACUGAGAUCCAGCCCAUAUCUGACUCCUUGACCUUCAGACCUGUAGCCUUUUAUUAAGAUGGAACACAUACACACACAAAUUGUCAUUUUGCUUUUAAAUUAUUUAUUGACUCUGAUCAAUUAGAGCCCCACAGUUCUGUUAUGAAAAUAUUUGAUAUUGUCCUAGUGGAAAUAAAACCACAUCCAAUUCAGUUCCAUUACAGUUCUCUUAAGCACCUAUGCCAGCCUAGCAAAGGUACUAAAAAUACAAAAAUAAAUAGGAUAUAAUCCCUGAUUCUGAGAAAUUCACAAUUUAGCAGAGGAAAUGGACUCAUAAAUCCUAACCUUAAAACAAUAUGCUAAAUGCCAGACAAGACGUGUCAGUUGAGCACUGUGAGAGCACAGAGCAGGAGGUGGCUUCUACCAGGAGCCCUGGGAGGUCAUGCAAGGAGGCCACGUUGGAGCUGGGCCUCACAGACUGCCAGGGGCUCCGCCACAGGGACAUGGCAGGUGCAUUCCCAGCAGAGGGAGCCUGACCCUCCAGGAAGGCAUCUGCCAGAGGUGUCUGCUAGUAAUCCUGUCACCCUAACAGCCUGGGGGUCUGGCUUGCAGCACCCCACGUUUUCCAAGCGUUGCAUCCCCAGCGAGGCUUUCAGGCUGUCACCUUUGAGAAUGAUUAGUGAGAGGAUCAAGAACAUUUCUAAGAGUCUUGAGAUUUUAUGCCAUUGUCAGGAAACGACUUUUAUUAUUUAUUCACCUCAGCACAUUUUAGUCAGAUGUUUACUGAGAACUGGGAAACACAAUGGCUCACACUCGGCUGUCUCCUAUUAAGAAGAAGAUGAUUCGGUGAUGGGCCAUAAUAAUCAACUAUAUUGUAUAUUGACAAAAUAAAAAUUUAAAGGAAAAAAAAAAAAAGAAGAAGAUGAUUGAUGAGGGAUGGCAGUUGUAAGCCAAGUUAUAGCAGUUAAAUCCUAGUAUUUUUAUAGUUUGAAAUACUUCACUAUUACGUAAUAAAACAGCAAAAACUUCAAGCUUCCUUCUCCUUUAUAUUUCAAUUUUCUGGCAUAAAAUUUAGUUGCUAAUUUCCAUUUUAAUAUUGGGUUUCCCAAAAUGUUCUCACUACAUCUGUCCAUGGAGGCAGGAGGGGCUUGUGGAAGCUGCAAAGCCACAGCCGCCUCUCGGGACCCUGGCACCUGCUGUGGGCGGGCCAGGGUCCCACCAUGUCUAUAUCACAGCCCCUGCUGGCCUCAUCUCAAGGCUUGUCCUCUGUCAUCUCGGAUCCUCCUCAGUGACAGCCAGUCCCUAAUGCUCUCCAGACAGCCCAUCUGCUGUUUCCCCCUCAGUUCCUAAAAGACCUUCCCCCAUGGGCCCAGCCUCAGUCCUGGCCUACGGGAACAGUUCACGUGAAAGUUAGAGUUGGGGCUCACACUCACCAUGGGCUGUGGUCCUCGCAUACCUCUUCUCAUAUAAUCUCUAAGGAGUCCCUGUAAUGAUACUCCAGGAAGUAAAAAAGAGAUGAAAACUUGCAAUGAGUUUGAGUUACCACUGACUUUCUAAGUAGGAGCACUGUGGAGGCGUCACGUGGACUACCAGCUGAUGAUAGCAAAGCUCAGGAGUUGUCACAAGUUCUUACAUUUGUGCUUUAGCCCCGCCUCCCCCCAUCCCAAACUGCAAGUAUGAACCCACCAUGGACACAUAAACACAACAGCCACUGGUUCUCGAGCUUGGCUGACCUUGGGAAUCCCCUGGGUCCCAUCCAGAAACACUGAUUUUUCUCAGGUGCAGCCUGUGCCCAGGGACAUUUUGGUGUGCACCACAAGUUUCCAGAACCCCUGGUAUAGAGACUAGGCCUGAGAGGUGAGCCUCAUCGCAGGCUGGGGGCCUCUGGCUGCACGUCUGUAGGAUGAAACGGUCGUGUGAUGGUGACCUACCAGCUCUCACCUUACUGCAAAGAAGACUCGCCUGGGGACCUUAAAAAGAAAGGGUCUGUGGUCCCUGCAGACCAAUUCUGUCAGAAUCUCAGGGGCUCCCCAGGAGACUAUAACAAUCAGGGUUGAAACCCUCAUCUCCAGGGUCUCCUUCAGGUGUAUGAGGCUGCAAGUCUAUACCAUGUCCCCAAGUCAUGGUAGAAUAAAAGAGCCUGAGUAGGGUAGAUUCCCAUAUGCAGCGAACAGAAUGGUUUGUAGUCACUGAUAUGCCUGAGUCUUGGCCACUAGUGGCCAUUCCAAAGAUGUCCAAUUUGUUGUCACCAGCAGUUUGUCUUGAAAGUUGCGAAUACACAAAUCUGAGCCUUGAUAAAGCCUUGGGACACUGCAUUUUCUAAGUAGAUUAUAAAAAUCAAUUUCUUCCCUCCCCCUCAUGAAUGAGUUGCUCCCUCUUAAGCGGCAGCUAUGACAUUGCCCUUAAUGUCUACUUUGCAUUUCUUUCUUGUGAUAAGCACAUGUUUUUUUAUCACAAUAUAAUGAUCUGUUUAUAUUUCCUUGCCUGGGGACUGUAAAUCCUUACUGAAUAGAAAUCCCUGCCUCUUUUACCAGCCACACCUGCCAUACAUCUUGGAACUAUUAAAAGACACAUUCAGACAGGACUUUUAAAUGUAAAUCUAUUUUUAUAACUUUUUUGUGGGGGGUAUUGUCCUCUUUAUGUAGCACUGAACUUUGUAAAGUAUAUUUUUAGGAAACUCAUUUUCUACUAAAGGAAACAGUUUACUUUAGAAAGACUGCAACAGAAUCGAAAUUUGAAACUGAAAUCUCUGUUUAAAAAGAUUAAAUUGUAGCAAGAGAAAAGUCUUUUCUCUCUUAUAAAGAGGUACAACUUCAUUGCAGAGCUAAGCUAGGUCACUGCCAUGGUGAAAAGGAGAAUCGUCAUUCUUAUAUUCACACAACUAGAAAAGAUGGAAAGCACAUUUAGCUUAGAAUUGGCCUGUAGCAGGUACUGUUGAGUCUGUUCAGGGCACUGUUAAUGGAAAGUGUAUGCCCUACUCUGAUCAUCUAUCAAUAUGACCCUAUCAGUGUAAGAAAAGCAAUAAUACAGCACUUUGCUGGUUUAUGUAUACUACUCUGACUUCAAUGCAGAUUAUUUUAUUUUUGUAUUUACAGUUGAUAUGCAUUUACCCCUAUAAACUAGAAAUACGUGGAGAGCCCUAAUAAUGUUCAGCAUGUUUGGUUAUGCAAUAUAUCGAUGAAAUCCAUCAACAGUCUUACCAAGUCUAAGCAGGGCCACCCUAGAGAAGGGGUUCUCAGCCUGGCUGCACAGUGAAGUCACCUGAGGAGCUUUUAAAAAUCUUCAAGCCCAGCUGCACUUCAGACCAAUAAAAUACAAGUCUCUAGGGGUGAAACCCAGGCAUUUGUACUUUUUAAAGCUCCUGAGGUCAUUCCAAUUUGCAGCCAAAUUUGAGAACCACCAGCCUAGGGAUUAGCCACAGGGAUUGGGACUUGCUGGCUAAUUCUGCAGGUGUAGGUAACUCCUGGGCCCAGAGGACUCAGCAUCUGGUACAGAUUCAGGAACCUGGAGAGUUUCCAAGAUGCUUGGUCAAGAAGGGAGAGUGUCUAACCAGUCAAUUAAAAGCAAAGGAAAUGGGAAACAGGUACCUUUUUUUCUAGUUCUCUCCACGAAAGGUGGACUGACAGUAAAAUAAAAUAUGUAUUCUUGCUGCUUGUUCAGCUGACAUCAUUGCUCUCCUUGAGCAACCAAGCAACCUUUAUUUCCGGGGUGGAUGUGAAAACAUUGACCUAUCACUUACAUUACAAAAGGCAGACUUCAAGUGGUUUGCAUAAGUAGUUGGAGGUCUUUUAUAAAAACGAAAAUCCAGAGAGAGGAUUAUUGCUUUAAGAAACACUUUUUAUACUUUUUUCAUAACUUACACCUGGAUAAAAACUGAAGUAGCUAGUUUUUUUUGUUUUUUUCUCCCAUCCAUAUCUGCACAGCCAUACUGUGUCCUCUAAGGUGGAAAAUCUGCCCUUCUCAAUUACCAGCAGAAGUACUAAUAAUCUCCAUCCUCUCACCUAGCAGACAACACUACAGGAGAAAACUUAAAUACAUACAUUUUUCGAUUAAUUUACUUAUUUUAAAACAAAAACCCUAUUGACCUGAUUUGGCUACAAAAUAAUCUUGCUGUAUAAUAUAAUCUCUUGGAAAUGAAGCGAUCCUAUGGAUCUGAUGGCUGGUAUUAGAGGUGAUGAUGGAACUAACAACAGCAAUAACUUCAUGUUAGAAACAUUCUAGCAAUAGCUUUCUGGCUUCUAAUAUGGUACAUUUUAACCUUGUAAAGUUUUGCAAUGAUGAAAACAGUAUUUGUACAAAUGAAAAAAAGCAAGAUUCUCUUUUAUGUGGUUUGUACUGUUGAUCAGAACAUGUUGAUUGUAUACUGAGUAUUAAAAAUUAGAUGUUUAUGAUU